CUCACAAAUCUCCUCAUUUUUAUUCCUAUCAUCCCAUCAACCCUGUCUGGCCAUCUUUCUGAACAGCCGUAACCAUAUCCUCUCAGUCUUCACAACGGUUUCACUUUGAUUAUCCAGCUCAAAAUGGACUGCUAAGCGCACCCCCCGUUACGUCGUUCUUCUCAGUUGAGACGGACACCAUAGAUCCUCAACGGACUUCGUCUUCUACUCCCCUCUCCAACAUUCAAACAACUUCAGAGACUCCUUCUCAGGAACCUCUGAACUUCAGCAUCGCUUCGCGUAGCUCAAGUUCUUUUUCGAACCCUUUCACCACGUUCGACUCCACGUCGUUCACCACGGAUAACCAUCAGCAAUCAUGGCUUCCUUCACCCUCGCCCACGCAGCCUUUGGCUCAGAAUCUGAAUUCCGAUCCCAGCAACAACAAGAACAGCAGCAAUUCUCCGCAAGAGGACUUCGUGCUCUACCCUGCUCCGUGUCUCCAGCCUCAAGAACAACACGCGGACGCAUCUGCUCCAGCAUACCUUACCCCUAGACACAUCGCAGCUUAUCAGCGCGCUCUCAUCCAGUCGAGAUAUCUUUCGCGCAGGAACUUUCCGCGUCGACACUCCGUAAACCAGCAGCAGCAGCUCGCAACUUCUCAAGUCCCUCGAGUGCCGCGACUGAACACGCAGCCUACCGGAUAUCAUCUGUCUACUACUCUUCGGUCAAGUCCUUCCAGUCAGACGCACGCUUUGCGUCGAUUCGCAGCUUCGAAUUCUGCUCCUGCGGCUUCGAAUUCUAAUAUUUCUCACUAUCGUCCACCUGUCCCGCUCUUCAAUAACAGUACCACAAACUCGCCAGUUCAGAAUCAGUACGCACAGUCGAUAAAUCACCGUCGCAACAUGUCUACUCCAAACAUCCCUCAUCAAGGUGAGUUCGGCUGCCCAGGUUCUUUUUGGCUUGGCCUGCGUACUAACUUAGAUGACCCAGAGUUCUUCGACUUCACGGAAGGCUUCGGUGAGGAUUUCACCGAUCCAACCAUGCUUUCGCCUCACCUCGUUCCAACCGGCAUCAUGGCGUCUAAGGAUUCUCUGGGGGACGUGCCUGCCGGCACUGUCUCGCCCAGUGAUCUUUUCAUGGAUGCCUCAGCUCCUCCAUCGACAUCGUUCACUGACCUCAGCACACCUUCAUUUGAUUCCCCUGGAUACUUUAGCCAAGACACUUCUCCCGUGUUUGGCGCUGACCUGGAUCUUGCUCCCGGUCACGAAGAAUGGGCUCCACUGUUCCCUUCGAAUGAUGGAAUGUCGAUGCCCUUUGACCCGACUGGCUUGGAAAUUGCAGCUCCUGUUCCAGCAGUGAAGGCUGAACCUACUGUCUCCUCCCCUACUGUGAAGCCCGUCUCGUCGCCUGCUCGUUCGCCCACUGCCACCUCUCGUUCCACAACCAAACACUCGACUGUCGCCGGAGUAAGCGCCCGGCGAAGCAAACCUCUUCCUCCGAUCAAGUACGACGAAUCUGAUCCUGUUGCAGCCAAGCGUGCGCGAAAUACAGAGGCUGCUCGCAAGUCUCGUGCCCGUAAGCUUGAGCGACAGGGAGACAUGGAGCGUCGUAUCGCUGAACUCUCAAAAGAGCUUGAGGAAACCCGACAGAUGGUGGAGUUCUGGAAAUCUCAGGCUCAGGCACGUGCACGAGGUGCCUAGAAGAAGCUCUUCCGUUGUGGCGGUAUUUGUUUUUACGAUCGUGCGCCUUUAUUCUGGUGCUGUCACGUACUGUUUUGGAUCAACAUAGUCGAAAUGCGACUCGUGGGCGGGGGCGGAGCAGCCUCUCGUCCUAUGUCUUCGAGAGCACCAGUCAGUCUCCUAUGUGUUGGUUACCUGGCGAUGACGCUCUCGGCAUAAUAAAAGUUUUCUUAUUUCUUCUGAAUCGUGCAUGCGACUUCAGUGAUGUCUUCUUACUCUUCGUCCACUCGUCUUGAUAAUUAUCUUCUGUUUCUCUACUCAACUAUGUUCUUGAUCAACCGUUAGCUGGCAGUUCUGACCGUCUCCCGGACAGGGAUUGACUCGUGGCCUCCUUACUGUUGUAUGUUUUCUCUUUUCAUCUUUCCACCAGAUUGUUCUGUUUGAGUGCUGUCCACUCUCUUAAUUGUUGUGCCAGAAUAUGAUUAUUACCAAUCCAUUUUAUUGUUGCACUUUG